AUGUUUCAAACGAAAUAUUUUAUAUGUAAUGCUAAUCAGAAAAUUGUCUCUAUUUUCACUCGCCACCUAUUGGAAUUUAAUAUUGGAGAAACAGACUCAUUGGAAAACUGGAAAAGAUCAUCAUGUGAACAGAAGAUGGAAAUUGUUAGAAAACUUAUCUAUCCAACUCAGAAGUUUAUCUAUUCUCGAAUGAUUAUCAGCCAGGCAAUGGAUGGAUCCAUCGCUAACUCUUUGAUGAAAAAACUGGAUAAAAAGUUGAGACAACUUUUCCCAAAGCUUAAAAUGGGAGUGCUGAAAGAGUUGAGAAAAACUCCAUGGGUAGUGAAUAAUGGUGCAUUGGAAAUGUAUGAAGAUGCUCUUCAGAAAAUCAAUUUCACAACAUUUUCGGAUAUUCGAAAACCGCUGAAACAUGCUCAAUCGGUUUUUCUUCGGGCAAAAAAUAAAUGCAUAGAUUUAAUCCGUGCAAAGUAUUCUGAAGAAAUCGAAGAUGGAAUAUGUGAAGUUGUAGCUGCGGGAGAAGCGGUACGGUAUAUCAACAAGCCAAUUGAAUCCGUUUAUCAGAGCGAUUUGAGAGACAUUUUGACUGACCAAACGGCAGCAUUCAAUUCAAAAGAUAAUCAUAUUUACAUUGGAAAUGACUUUACGUUGCUAGCAAACACUGAUUAUCUAUCGGACUUGUACGGUGGAAUCGGUUUCUCCAUGACCCAUGAAAUUUUGCACACUCUGGUUUUCGACUACCGCGAUUUUGAAUCCCACAAUUCGUUGGCCGAAUUUUGGACAAAAGACGCAAAAUGCGUAGAGGAACAAACUCGUAAAACAUGUGAAACUUUUCCAACUGUGACAUGUGAUGCCAAAGAGACAUUUGAAGAAGACGCUGCUGACCUAGCUGCCUACCGUAUCGUUUGGAAUUUGUAUAAGAAGGCGUACACAAGAAAAACUGUUGUAGAGAAAUAUGAGGAUUUGGAUAAGAAACAACUAUUUUUCUACGGUGCUGCGGUUGUUUUUUGCUCACCGAAUGGGAUGGAGAAAUAUUCACAUCACGACACUACCCAUUCCAAUGUCUAUCAAAGAGUUAAUUCUUUGAUGUCCCAAAUGGAUGGGUUUUCUGAGGCUUUCAAAUGCAAACCGAGGGAAAGAAUGGUCCGGAACAAAGCGAGAACUUGCGAGUUGUACGGCUCCAAAGCUGAAAGGAAGAAAAAAUUUCAUUAA